GCAAGAUGGCGGCGCCCAGGGAGCGGCGUGACUGUUUGGUGCCGCGUCUUUCUUGAAGCGGCUGCGUCGCAUUCGGAGCGGAGGAGGAGCCGGGGCCGCCGGGGUGGCAGCAUGUCGCGCCUUAUUGUGAAGAACCUGCCGAACGGGAUAAAGGAAGACCGCUUCCGGGAACUCUUUGCUGCUUUCGGGACGCUUACAGAUUCCAGCCUGAAAUUCACCAAGGAUGGCAAGUUCCGCAAAUUUGGCUUCAUUGGCUUUAAAUCUGAGGAUGACGCAAAGGCCGCUCUAGCACAUUUCAACAGGAGCUUUAUCGACACGGCCAAAGUCACGGUUGAGUUCUGUAAGUCUUUCGGAGACCCACAGAAGCCCAGAGCUUGGAGCAAACACUCCACAAAGCCCAGACUGUCCAAUGAAGCUCCUAAAAAUUCCCCCAAAGGUUUGGGACAUACAGAAGUAAAGCAAGGUAAAAAGAAGACAAUUCAAGCAGUGGAGUUCAAAGAGCUGGAAGGAGAGGAGGCAUUCCGAGACUUCCUGGCAGUCCACAAGAAGCGGUCUCAGGUGGCCACCUGGUCCAAUGACACCAAACCGGAGAAGCCCGCAAAGAGCCGGGCCAAGUCGGAGGAUGAUUAUCUGAACUUCGACUCGGAUGAGUCGGACAGCCUCAGUGAGGAGGAAGCAGAGCCUGGAGUGGCGGGUUCGGAUGCUGGCAGUGCCCGAGAGAAGAAAAAUUCCAAAGGAAAUGCAGCAGCCAGGCAGGAGCUCUCCGACAUGGCCUACUUGAAAACAAAAGUGGUGGAAGGGGAUGAGUCACUGCUGUCAUCGGCAGAGGAAAGCGAGACUGAGGGGACAAGCAGUGACGAGGCUGCCGAAGCAGAGAAGCCGAGGCAGGCGAAGUCGGCUGGUUCUGGCCUUGCCGAAGGGGCUGCACUGGGUGCAAAGGUCAAGGCGGCAAGUGCCGGAGGGAUCCAGAGCCCGAAAGCCACAUCGCAGGUCAAAACACCAGCCGGAGCAAACAAGCCCAGCACGCCACACACGGUGAAGCUGCGGGGUGCCCCCUUCAAUGUGACAGAGCAAAACGUCAGGGAGUUUCUUGUUCCGCUUCAGCCAGUGGCCAUCCGGAUUGCCAGGAAUGCCCACGGGAACAAGACAGGUUAUGUAUUUGUCGAUUUUAACAGUGAGGAAGAAGUGCAGAAGGCAUUGAAACGAAAUCAUGAAUACAUGGGUGGACGGUACAUCGAACUCUUCCCCGAGGAGAGCACAGUGAAGAAGCAGCUCUCCUCGAAGGGCCCCGCACAAGCUUGGCAAAGGACGAAAAAGGACGAUGAGGAAGAAGAGGAUCUCUCCGAGUCGGGAAGGCUGUUUGUCCGGAACCUUCCCUACACCUGCACUGAGGAAGACUUGGAAGCAAUGUUCUCCAAACACGGCCCUCUCUCCGAGAUCCACUUCCCCAUUGACGGUCUGACGAAGAAGCCCAAGGGCUUUGCCUUCGUCACGUACAUGUUCCCUGAGCACGCCGUGAAGGCCUUUGCAGAGGUGGAUGGGCAAGUUUUCCAGGGACGGAUGCUGCACCUGCUGCCGUCCACUGUGAAGAAGGAGGAAGGGAACAGUUCUGACCUUGCAGAGGGUUCUUCGUACAAGAAGCAAAAGGCUUCCAAGGAUAAAGCCAACAGUUCCAGUUCUCACAACUGGAACACGCUCUUCAUGGGAGCAAAUGCUGUGGCCGACGCUAUUGCACAGAAAUACAACACCACCAAGAGCCAAGUGCUGGAUCACGAGGGCAAGGGCAGUGUGGCCGUGAGGGUGGCUCUGGGCGAAACGGAGCUCGUUCAAAAGGUCCGCCAGUUCCUGCUAGAUAACGGCGUGAGCCUGGAUUCCUUCAGCCAGGCUGCUGGCGAGCGGAGUAAAACCGUGAUUCUGGUCAAGAACCUGCCUGCAGGCACGACGGGGACGGAGGUGGAGGAGGUCUUCCGGCCCUACGGCAGCCUUGGCCGGGUGCUGCUCCCCGAGGGAGGCGUGACGGCCAUUGUGGAGUUCCUGGAACCCACAGAAGCAAAGCGAGCAUUCACCAAGCUGGCCUACUCGAAGUUUCGACAUAUCCCUCUGUACCUUGAAUGGGCACCAAUGGGCGUCUUCUCUAGCCCUGCGAAGACGGAGCUUAAGAUUGCGGGAAGCAAAGAGGAAGGCGAAGCACAGGCGCCAACAGGUGCUUGUGAAAAUGAGGAAGUUAAAGCAGAACCAGAGAAAAUCAAAAUGGAAGAUGAAAAAGACGAUGAAGAUGAUGAUGAUGAAGAAGAAAGUCUUCCAGGGUGUACACUCUUCAUAAAGAACCUCAACUUUGCCACCACAGAGGAAACUCUAAGAGAGGUUUUUUCCAAAGUUGGAAUGGUGAAGAGUUGCACUGUUUCCAAGAAGAAAGACAAAGCCGGCACGCUUCUCUCGAUGGGGUUCGGAUUUGUGGAAUACAGGAAGCCAGAGCAUGCUCAAAAGGCCCUCAAGCAGCUGCAGGGAUGCUCCGUGGAUGACCAUCGACUGGAAGUGAAGAUCUCUGAGCGAGCCGUCAAGUCCGCCGUGCCUUCGGGCCGCAAGAAGCAGACCAGCAAGAGGCAGUCGAGCUCCAAGAUCCUCGUGCGCAACAUCCCCUUCCAGGCAACGGUGAAGGAGAUCAGGGAGCUUUUCAGCACCUUUGGAGAGUUGAAAACGGUUCGCCUGCCGAAGAAAAUGGUUGGAAUGGGAACGCAUCGUGGUUUCGGUUUUGUGGACUUCCUCACUAAGCAAGAUGCCAAGAGAGCCUUCAGCGCCCUGUGCCACAGCACCCAUCUGUACGGCAGGAGGCUGGUCUUGGAAUGGGCCGACCCCGAGGAGACGGUUGAAGCCCUGCGGUGGAGGACGGCCGAGCAUUUUCACGAAACGCCAACCAAGAAGAAGAAGCGGUCAGCUGCCCUAGAAGAAAUCUUGGAGAAGAUGGAAGAUGAAGGAGAGAAUGAAGACGAUACCUAGGACCCCUGCCACAAAACUAUAAGUUUUGAAUCAAGCCGCUGCAGAGACAUCCGGCCCUUGGAUCGCUCCUUCGAAGCCCCCAAAGAAGAGUCAGAAGUCUGAGCAAAGAGCCAGAAGUCUUACCAUUCGCUGGGAUCUUUCCUGCAUCCUGACUAGGAUCCAACAAGGCAACAGUGUCUCCUUUAGCCUGCCAACCAAGAAAACUGCCACACUGGUUUUUAAGCCACCAGAUGAAACAAACCUUCCUAGAAAAUCACUAGCAGUAGAUCGGGGUUUCCCUCUUCCCCACUUCUUGAUAACUUGCACAGGUUUCAAAAAGAAUGUACAUAAUGUUUUUAAACAUAUUGGGAUAUGAAUGUGAAAUUACAAUCCCUUUGUUCCUGU